CUCAUCUUCCACAACCCUUCCUUCAUCUUUCUGUUUCUUUUUGAGUCUAUCAUUAGCUUCCCACUUUGGAUUUUGAGGGUUUAAUCAAGAGUUGCAGGUGAACAGGAGCAGCAGGAGGAGGAGGAAGAAGUGCGUGCGCGCGCACACACAUAUAUAUAGAGAGAGAGAGGGAGGGAUGAGCUGCAACGGUUGUCGUGUGCUUAGGAAAGGUUGCAGCGACGACUGCAUGCUCCGAGAUUGCCUUCUGGGCAUAGAGAGCCCACAAGCCCAAGCCCAUGCCACCGUCUUCGUCGCUAAAUUCUUCGGCCGCGCCGCCCUCAUGUCCUUCGUCUCCGCCGUACCCUCCCCGCAGAGAUCCGCUUUGUUUCGAUCGCUUUUGUACGAAGCAGUGGGACGAACCAUAAAUCCGGUGAACGGUGCAGUGGGCCUGCUCUGGACCGGGAAUUGGCAUCUUUGCCAAUCAGGAGUUCAGAGAGUUCUCUACGGCGGCGCCUUGACUCCACUCCCUGACGUCUCCGGAGGAAAUUCGGCACCGACUGCGGCGGAGGACGAUUGCUUCGGACCCGUUCUAGAUCUUUCUAGGCAGCGAGACUAUAUGGCGGGAUUGGGAUCAAGUAACCUAAAGAGAAAAGUUCGUUGUUACGACUUCGUGUUGGAGAAUAAUAUCCAAGCACGCGAUCAUCUUGUUGAUCAUCAGUACUGCUUGGGGAGAUCAGGUUCGCCGGAGAGAGUGGUAGUGGUUGGCACCGGCCGAAAGGAUGAUGGGAGCGCAGCGACGCCAUCGGAGGGAUCUGAAACGUCAACGUUAGGGAGUAGCGCUGCGCAGUGUGGCACUGCUGAAAGGAAGCUCCUCAGGCUUUUCUUCUAGAGGAGAUGAAUUCUAAUAUACAAAUCUUUUCCCCUUUUAAUUUUCUAACUUCGGUUGGCAGAGAUCGACACUUGAAUCUUAAUCUGGCAUCAAAUUUUCUGUCAUGUUGAAUGUAUCAAGAAAAUAAAGAUGAAGAGAGAAUGCAACUAUGACUUUCAUAUUGAAACAUCCGGCAACAACUACUGUCAUUUUUUAUGGUGAGGAUGUGUUCAAGAGUAGUCUUUGUUCUUAA